AUGCAUUCUUUACCAUCUUUUCGACAAGGGCUUCGUUGUUAUGUCACGACAGAUAAUGUGCGAAAACAUUAUAAACUGGUUAUUGUUGGGGGAGGUGCAGGCGGCUGCUCGGUAUCAGCGAAAAUGUCUGGCUUUAUUUCAAAGGAUGAACUGCUAGUAAUUGAACCAUCAGAUACGCACUACUACCAGCCUCUAUGGACCCUAGUUGGAGCUGGAAUCAAUUCCUUAAAAGAUUCGAUGCGACCCACUCAUGAGACUCUCUCUCCUGGUGUUAAAUGGCUAAAAAGUGCACUCGCCAAACUUAUUCCUGAGGAAAACAGAAUUUUGACGACCACAGGCGAUGAGAUUACUUAUGACUACCUCAUUCUUUCACUUGGACUUGACAUACGAUUUGAUAUGAUUAAGGGUGCUCCUGAAGCUUUGCUGAAAGAUCCUCGCGUCUGCUCCAAUUAUUCUAAAGAUUAUGUAGAGAAGACGGCUUCUGCAAUUAAAGCAUUUCAAUCAGGCCAUGCAUUAUUUACAUUUCCCUCUGGACCAAUAAAGUGUGCCGGAGCUCCUCAGAAGAUAAUGUACCUGUUUGAAGACAAACUGUCCCGGAUUAUAAAAAACUUUUGGCCAGUCGGAGUACUCUGGUUUGUCUGCAUGAUCCUCUCUAAUGGAUGA